AUGAUUUCCAAAAAUCAAAUCGACCAAGUGUAUGACUUUCUUAAGAGUAUCAAUGAUGGCACUUUAGAGAGUUAUAGAAAGUCACUUCCAGAGUAAUGGAUUCUAAACUAAGUCAUUGAUGUAGCAUGUUUGACUCCAUCACAAAGAAUAGUGUGUCUAUACUUUGCAGGGGAUGAAACUCAAUGUGGGAAUGCUUUAGAAAAGAGACUAGUAUUGAAUAAGGAAUAGGUUUCGCUAUAUAACUUAAUUUAGAGUGCGGGUAAUGUAAUUUGAGAUAACUUGUUGAUGAAUGGAGUACUUCAACCUAAUUAAUUAAUAAUCAACCCUAAAGCAUGAGAGCCAUUAUUUAAUGUUCUUCAUUAAGAAAUGCUCUUGAACAUAUCCUCACCACUUUUUCAAUAGAUUAUCUACGACCUGUACCCACAAUAAUACAAUCAUCAUUUAAUUGGAUCAGUCUUCAUGUAGCUGAUCCUUUUUGGGAUUAUACUAUUGAAGUAAGCCAAGAGCCACUAGUAAGAAUCAAGGAGAAUCUCCUUAAAGCUCAAUAAUGCAAAUUGUCUCAGAAAGAAGCAUAAGAAACUAUUGAUCUUCUUAAUCAAGAUUAGAGACAUGUAUUAGAUAGUGGAAUUACACCUAAUUAACUGCCAAAUCUUAUUGAAUAUAAUCCUGAUCUAUCAAGUUUUCUAUUGGCUCGCAUCAAUCAAUGUGGAAUCAGUAUUCAUGAAUAUUUUGAAUGCUUGAUUUAAAUGAAGAUUUCACUUCAGAGUUUAGAAGUUGUCAACAAACUUUCCAAUUCCAUCAAAUUACCUGAAGCAUUCCUCCAUAUGUAUUUGACCAAAUGUAUUCAAUAUUGUGAAGAAUUAUAAGUAUAUAUAAUUAUAAAACAGCAGCCUAAGUAACAGUUGGUAUCCAGAUAUGUGAGAUUAGUGGCUGUAUUCAUAAAAACCCUCAUCAAAUCAAAAACCUUAGAUCCAAAAAGAAUGUUCACUGAAAUACAAGGAUUCUGCAUCGAGUUCUCAAAGAUACCUGAAGCUUCACUGCUAUUCAAACAACUCAAAGAGACUGGAGUAGAAGAAAAAUAACAUCAGUGA